CCAAGCCAGGCCUUUGUUGGAUCUCGAAGGAGACUGUUUGUUCCAAAUGUUGGUGGGACGCGAUCCGAAGCGCACUGCACCGCCGGGCACCCGGGCGCCUCUCCUUUCGGGGGCUGUGUGAGCUUUCGACCGCCGUCUGCUGCCGCGAGUCGAAGGGGCCACGCUGGGAAGCGCCGAGGGCGCAUGGGGCGCGCUUGGAUGGCCUCGGAUUCGCCCCCAUAAUGUCCACAUGGGAUCCCCGCAGCAGCCACUCCUCUGAAGCCUCCGACCCCGCGCUUCUCCCCUCUGGAUUACCGCUCCCGGGAAGCCGCCUGCGCCCCUGCGCCUCCCGCCAGCACCGUCCUCGCUCGACCCUGGAGCAUGGCUUCGGAUCGGCCGGUCCCGGGGGCCGGGGGCUUCCGGGGAGAACUCCCGCCGUCUUACGCGGCGGCGGCCACGGCGGCGGCGGCCACUGCCAAUUCGGAUCUUCUCCGGAGACCCAGCUACUGCCACGCUGCCUUUGCCCUCAAACAGAUCUCCAAGGGUAAGGCUGUGGGCCAGAAAGCCCCGCUGUGGCUGCGGGCCCAGUUCCAGGCCCUGCUGUUUACACUGGGCUGUUGGAUCCAUCGUCACUGUGGCAAAGUACUUUUUGUGGGGCUGCUGGUCUUUGGGACGCUGGCUGUAGGGCUGCGAGUAGCCUCCAUAGAAACGGAUAUUGAGCAACUCUGGGUGGAAGAGGGCAGCCGUGUCAGCCAGGAGCUCCGGUACACAAAGGAAAAGCUAGGAGAAGAGUCUCUGUACACACCCCAGAUGCUGAUACAAACUCCCAAACGGGAAGGUGAAAACAUCCUGACCCCAGAGGCCUUGGGAAUGCAUCUUGAAGCUGCUCUGGCUGCAAGCAAAGUGCAAGUCUUACUUUACGGAAAGUCUUGGGAUCUCAACAAAAUAUGCUACAAGUCAGGUGUCCCCAUAAUUGAGAAUGGAAUGAUUGCACGGAUGAUCGAGAAGCUCUUUCCUUGUGUUAUCGUGACCCCACUGGACUGCUUUUGGGAUGGUGCCAAGCUGCAAGGGGGUUCCGCUUACCUCCCGGGCCGGCGCGAUAUCCAGUGGACUAACUUAGACCCCAUUCAACUGAUGGAGGAGUUGGGUCAGUUUGCCUCGCUGGAAGGAUUCAAGGAGAUGCUGGAUAAGGCAGAGGUUGGCCAGGCCUAUAUGGAGCGGCCUUGUCUUGACCCCUUUGACCCUGAGUGUCCUACAAGUGCCCCCAACAGCCAAAGCCGGCAGGAACCAGACAUCCCCUCAGAGCUCACAGGUGGCUGCCAUGGCUUCUCACGAAAAUACAUGCACUGGGAAGAGGAACUGAUCCUGGGUGGCACUGUGAAGGAUUCCCAGGGCAAACUGCAGGGAGCCGAAGCCCUACAAAGCAUGUUCCUGUUGAUGAGCCCACGACAGCUCUUUGAGCACUACCGGGAUGACUAUGAGAUACACGACAUCAGCUGGAGUGAGGAGAAGGCAGCUGCUGUGCUGGAGGCCUGGCAGCGGGAGUUUGUUGAGUUGGCCCAGGAAUCCCUCCCUGCAAAUUCCUCCCAGACUAUCCAUGCCUUCUCCACCACCACGCUCGAUGACAUCAUGAAAUCCUUCUCAGAUGUGAGCGCUAUCCGUGUGGCUGGCGGGUAUCUGCUGAUGCUGGCGUAUGCCUGUGUCACCAUGCUGCGUUGGGACUGUUCCAAAUCACAGGGUGCUGUGGGCCUGGCUGGGGUUCUUCUGGUUGCCCUUUCCGUGGCAGCAGGACUUGGACUGUGUUCUCUGCUAGGAAUCUCAUUCAAUGCAGCCACGACCCAGGUGCUGCCCUUUCUGGCACUGGGCAUUGGUGUGGAUGACAUGUUUUUGCUGGCACAUGCCUUCACAGAGACCAGCCAGCACGUUCCUGUCAAGGAGCGGACUGGGGAAUGCCUGCGCCGCAGUGGCACCAGUGUGGCACUCACCUCGGUCAAUAAUAUGAUUGCUUUCUUCAUGGCUGCUCUUGUGCCCAUCCCAGCACUACGUGCCUUCUCUCUACAGGCUGCUGUCGUGGUAGUGUUCAACUUUGCCAUGGUGCUUUUCAUUUUUCCUGCCAUCCUGAGUCUGGACCUUCACCGGCGUGAAAACAAGAGGCUCGAUAUUCUGUGCUGCUUCUACAGCCUCUGCUCCUCCCACGUCAUUCAGAUUCAGCCACAGGAAUACACGGAUGCAAAUGACAACCCCACGGCACCUGCUUUCCCGCAUGGACAUCCAGCACUGACUACCAGCACACGCAUCACCACUACGGUUCAGGCCUUCACCCAGUGCGAUCCCUCCGGGCGUCAUGUGGUCACCAUCUUACCACCCACCCAGCAUGUCUAUACCACCCCUUCCACUCUCCUGCCUGCCAACCCUUUGGGGUCACAAGUCUUCACCCCUGCCAGCUCCACCCGUGAUCUUCUGGCACAGCUGGAUGAAAACAAAAGUGCCCAGGAGUGUGUGCCGUUGCCCCUUUGUCAUUGGAACCUCUCCAGCUUUGCUCGCGACAAAUAUGCACCUAUCCUGCUGCAGAGCCAGACCAAGGGAAUUGUUGUAGUCCUGUUCCUGGCACUGCUGGGCCUGAGCCUCUACGGUACAACCAAGGUGCAUGAUGGACUCUACCUAACGGAUAUUUUACCACGAGGCACAAAGGAGCACGCCUUCAUUUCAGCUCAGUUCAAAUACUUCUCCUUCUAUAACAUGUUUGUGGUUACAAAGGGUGGCUUUGACUACCCCAGCUCACAGGAGGCCCUCUACAGCCUGCACCAGGCCUUCACCACCAUCCAGUAUGUUGUGCGUGAUGAGAACCGCCAGUUGCCGAAGAUGUGGCUGCACUACCUCCAGGACUGGCUGCGAGGUCUACAGGCAGCCUUUGACCGGGAUUGGGAAGCUGGGCAUAUCACCAAGGAGAAUUACCGCAAUGGAUCAGAAGAUGGUGCCCUGGCUUACAAGCUCCUCAUCCAGACAGGCAACAAGAAAGAACCCUUAAACCUCAAUCAACUGACAACUCGCCGCCUGGUGGAUGAGAAUGGGAUCAUUCCUCCUGACAUCUUCUACAUCUGUUUGACAGUGUGGGUGAGCAACGACCCUCUUGGCUUUGCUGCAUCUCAGGCCAACUUUUACCCACCACCCCCAGAAUGGAUCCACGACAAAUACGAUGCCACUGGCGAGAACCUCCGAAUCCCUGCUGCACAGCCUCUGGAGUUUGCUCAGUUCCCCUUCUACCUCAAUGGACUGCGGCAGACAUCUGACUUCGUGGCAGCCAUCGAGAGCGUGCGUGCUAUCUGUGACGAGGUGGCCCAGACGCAUGGUGUCCUCAGCUACCCUAGCGGCUACCCUUUCCUCUUCUGGGAGCAGUACAUUGGCCUUCGACACUGGCUUCUACAGGCCAUCAGUAUUGUGUUGGCCUGCACUUUUCUAGUGUGCACCCUGCUACUCCUCAAUCCUUGGACCGCCAGUAUCAUUGUAUUCGUUCUAGCUAUGAUGACAGUCGAGCUCUUUGGGAUCAUGGGCCUGAUGGGCAUCAAGCUGAGUGCCAUCCCAGUAGUCAUCCUCAUCGCCUCUGUGGGAAUUGGCGUGGAAUUCACCGUACAUGUGGCUCUGGGCUUUCUCACGGCCAUUGGCAACCGGAACCUGCGCACUACUGUGGCCCUAGAGCACAUGUUUGCCCCUGUGAUGGAUGGUGCUGUCUCCACGUUGCUUGGCCUCCUUAUGCUAGCUGGUUCAGAGUUCGAUUUCAUUCUGAGGUAUUUCUUUGCUGUGCUCACCAUCCUGACCAUUCUGGGACUGCUCAAUGGCUUGGUACUGCUGCCUGUCCUGCUGUCUAUCAUUGGACCACCUGCAGAGGUCACACCAGCAGAUAACGGUAGCCGCCUGCCGACACCGUCCCCUGUCCCCCCACCCAUCAGCCACCACAGCUUCUACGUACAGCGGCACGGUGGAGCCUUUGGUGACUCCUCAGACUCCGAGUACUAUUCAGAGAGCACAGGAGCAUCAGACACGGGUGAAGAUGACCGCAGCACCUACAUCAUCCCCCCAGCGCAAUCACAUAUCUUGGUCAAGGCCAGCAAAAGCCCCAGCUUCCCCAAAAUCACUGUGGUGAAAAGCUACAAGACCAGCCUAGAAUCGCCUCUGUCGUUGUGCAGCCCAGACUGGACCCAAACUGUGACCCCUGGAGGACAUUUGCCACCCACUGUCACAGAAGUCAAAGACGCUUCACAGCAGCAAGAGCAGCCAAACCACAAACAAAGGCCUCGGCUGGCUCAGACUGCCCAUCCCCCUCGGACCGACCCUACUGCCCACAGCACCAAAGUGCCGCCUCCUGCAUCUGGUGGCACCUUCACCACAGUUACAGCCACUGCCUCAGUGAUGCUGGCCUUGCACCCACCCCUGCCUGGCUCAUGCCGGGGCUACACACACGAGGGCUUUGAAUCUGAUGGACCUGAGGAGCCUCGUAAAGACGCACCCAACAGCUUGGAACUGCAGAGCCUAGACCAGAGGCACUAGCAUUUCACUUUUGCCAGGCCCAAGACCUUGGGUCUAGAACUCCUGCCUCAGGGAUGGGAUGUGCACAGUAUCCCUGGUGGGGUCAGGGGCCCAGAUUGUUCACACAUACACACACCGCAGACUGUGAAGCAGGAUGGAUACCUGGAAGCUCUUGCACUGUGUUUAAACAACUGUAGACAUAGACAGUGCCUUUGGGAACUGGAGCAAGAAGGCCAGAUGAGCUACUGCCGUGAAAAGGUUGAUGGGAGAAUCUCUCAGCACCUGGUACUCCACUUUCCCAUGUUUCUCUAGGUGUUAUCUGCCACCAAAAACAUGCUGGGUUUCUUGGUUACCAGGACUUCUGGCUUCAAAACAUCCCUAGUUUGCAUCCUUACAUUGGACUGUGAUAGCAUUGUGCCCACUCACCUGCAGACAGGGAAAGUUCCAAUCCCAUCGAACCUGGAAAAUGAAAGUGACAAUUCCCCAUAUGCUGUGUGAACCAUCUCAUGGCUGUCAUCGGGGCAGGGCGAGAGAAUUGCCCAAACACUGACCCUCCCAUGGAGAGAACAGGACUCAACUUGUGCGUGGGGAAACUCCUCCCACAUUGUGCUGCUAUUCUUUUAUUUUUAUUAAUAUUAAUAUUAUUAUUUUAAGCUGUAUAAAAAAAGAGUCACGAACCCUCCCCCUUAUAAUUAUAAUAAUUAUUUUUUAUUAUUUUUACAGCUCCCUCAUUAAAAAAAAAAAAAAGUGGCGUAUCCCUUUAAGGGGAAACACCAGGGUGAGGUGGUAAUGGAGAGAGGACCCCUGGGCGUGUGGAGUGGAGGGAGCAUGCAAUGGAGGGGCACAAUGUGUCUUAGCGCCUUCUAUGCAAGCUGUGUGGGAUGGGCUGCACUCUGCUCCUGCUUCCACCGGCAUGUCUGCCUAUGCCAGCAUUCGCCAUCUGGCUGUUCCAAACCCUUUAAAUUCCUCCCUGUCCUAUCCCACACUACAAAAACCUUUCUGCCCUAUUCUUUUUGCUUGCAUGCCUCUUUAUCAGUCCAAGGUAGCUCAUCACACAAGUGUCCCAUAAGUACUUCCUUUUAGAAUUUACAUUUUAAGCUUCAUCAUUUCCCAAGAAUAUCAGUGAGGAAUAAUUUGUGACUAACAGAAGAUGAGAAUCAUUCAGGGCAGGUUUUUGGGCCCUGCAGGACAUUUACCCCACACAGAUGGAGAUCAGAGCAGGGCUUUCUGGAAGAGCAGUUUAUAUGGGUUUAUGUUUUUUCUGCUUCCAUGUUUUAAGAGGUACUUCUCACAAGUGAGUUUGUAGUCUGAGACUGCUGCCUGAGUACAAAAAUGUAUGUGUACUGUGUUGGUUUACGAAGGAAGUGUUUCAAAUGGAAAUUUAAGCUUACUUUAAUAAGAAAGCUGGGCGACCUUGUGGUAAAUUCAGCCAUUCAUUGCCCUUGUUAAGGACAAUGUACCGUUUUGAGUUUUUCAACACAUGUUUUUCCUAUACUGAGAUUAUUAGCUUCCUGACCUGCAUACUUUCAGCACAAACAUUCAUGCUGCACCUUCACAACUGAUGGUGUACAGAACUUUCUCCCCAUCUCUUCACAAAUAUUUCUGUGUAGGAAAAAAAAUCAUGUGUAAAAUUAUCCUUUGAUUCUCUCCCACCUAAAAACAUCCCUAUGUAGUAAUCAGAGCAGAAAAUGUUCAACGGGAGAGACGAGUUGGGCAAAACAUUCCAUUUCCUGCCCAAAAGUAUGAGUGCUGUGGUUGCUUUUUCUGUUUCUGAAUGAUCUCUUUCCGGUUCAGCUUCUUUGGCUGAAAAACAAGAAAUGAACUGUCGCUUGGCAGCAGGAUUGGUUCUCAAGGACCAGUUCCAUUUCCAUCUGACAUGCUUGGUUUCCACAUAGCUAAGUCAAAAUUGCUUUAUGAAAUGUUUCAGUUUUUCCAUUCUGGUUCAGGACACAAAUCAGAAUUUUGCAGAAAAUUCAAAGUGCAGUUUUCUGGCCAGCUCUGCCCUAUGCAUCAAUCACAAAACAACAGCUCACAACCUAAAUCCUGAAACACAAUACUUUAAAAAAAAAAGUUAUUUUCUUUCUUUCUGACCUACUCUAAAGUAAAAAGAUGGCAGCUGGGGAAAAACUAUUCUGUUUGUUAGGAUUCUUGAGUGAUUUUGGAACCUGAUGGAUGUGCCACAGUUUUCAGCACACACACAUUUCUUUCAACAAGAUGCAAGGUUUGGGACCAAAUGUAUUUUUCACCUAAGACAGUGAAAUAACUUUAGGUACUCCCGAUUGCAGGUUUGGAGAUUUUGGGCUUCAGGAAGAGACCCCUCCAACUGCAGAAGUUGCUCAACAUCUUUCUGCACUGCAAUUAUAUACAGAAGUAGUUUGCCAGUUUCUCGGUGGCACUGACAUUUGUAGUGGAAUAACACUUUACAACUUUGUCUUUAGAAUGAGAUAAAUUAAGAAGUGCAGAUGUCUUCUAGCUGUUCUUUGCCAACAUGGAGUUGUCCCUUGGGGGCUCUGUGUGAAAUUCUGACCCACUUGGGCAUAAAAUUGUGUGUAGUUUUUGGGCACAGAGACUGACGCACCAUAGCUUACUUGUGUGAGAUAGCAGGGCUGAUUCACCUUUGAAUCCACUUCCUCAGUGACAUUCUUCCUUCUCAACCGCAGGCACUUUAUAUUCCCCCUCCCUUUCGCCCAAUAACUGCUGUAAUUAUAUCCCCCAAAGUAUGCCGGAUUGCCUAUUCACUUCUUGCUGCCAAGGGAGUUUCUGCUGAGAUUUUCACAUUUUGGUUGUGUGAACCCCCUUAGCAGCUUCAAUAGGAUUGGGCCUUCUAUUAAAGUGGAUUAAUUCAGUUGAUUUAAAACUAAGAACUGCUUCUAGAAUCUGGAGAGAAUUCCCUGCACACAGAAACUUGCCAUGUGGCAGAGAUUCCUCUGACCAUUUAGAUUUGUCCUGUUUUCUCACCACGAAACUAUUUAGACCAGAAACCACUGUCAAAGGUAGAACCUAGCAACAUUUGACAUGUAUGCCCCACUUCUCCCGCUCUCCUUUCCACCCACCCACUGCUUAAAAAACUGCUAAGUGCUUCUAGCUAACUCACAAUAGAAAUUGUGUUUCUCCUCCCCCCCCGUGCCCCGCCCCCGCCAACAAGUCUGUGACCAGCAAAGCACAGGAAACGGUGGAAAGGGGGACACAUUGUGUGUGCAUGUGUGUAUCUGUGUGCGCGUGUGCAUGUGAGUAUGUAGCAGGUGUGCUGGAGACCUUUUAACCUGAAAUGUUGUCAUGCCAUAUAAAUUAUUUAUAUGAAAAGAAAAAAGAUUUAUUUUUGUAGUUUGUACAGACCUCUAGCCUUGCAAUGGAAGUUUUUAUUUUUAAAAGUAAAUAUAUAUUAUAUAUAAACCUAU